AUGUCAUUGUUUCCUGCUUACGCUCAAGAUUCGAGUGAAAAUAAUGUUGACCAAGAAGUUGUUUGUAUGCCGGAAAGUAGCAGCGUCACAUCAGCUCAAGAAGCACAACUCCUGGAGAGUGAAAGUGAUGAAGAGCGGCAGACAGCGGCGUCAGCGGUGUCACCGGUGCCUGUUGAGCCCAGCUCUUGCCAGUUAAAUACUGACGAGUAUUACCUCGAUCGCAAGUUUGACUGUGGCAACUUAAGAGUUUCGACCCUCUAUUAUCCUGGCCGACCCCAAUAUGAAACACAAAAGCGCGCUGCAGUGGGAUUGCGCAAGAGCGAAGGUCGUGGUGUGAAGCGUCGUUACUUCGAAGUGUCUUUAGAUGUUUUGCCUGACUCUCUCAUGUUUGAUGAGGAGUUGGCAGUACGUAAUAAAGCGUACCGGCAGAUGCUAACAGAUCAGCCUACAGAUGAAGCACUGUGGCUCAGAUUUAUUGAGUUUCAAGAACGUUGCCGUGAUGCAGAGGCGGCUAUGGUGGCUGCAGAAUCCGCACGAGAGCGCUUGCCGAACUCUCCGCGCAUACGCGGUGCUCUGUAUAGAUUGCGUUCGCGCGUUUUAGUACCACGUCGUCGCCUCGCCCUGCUGCGUGAAGAUCUGGCAAAAUGCUCCAAGCCUGACCAAAACACAGAGCUGACGACGGAGCUAUGGUUGAGACUACUGGAUACGGUGGCUCAAUGCGGUGACGGUACGGAGCUGGAAGAGACUGCCGCUGCAGCGCUGGGUGCCACGCGUGCAUUCCCUUCUGCCUACCCUCACAUACUCUAUGUGUACGGCGGGUAUCUUCGAUCUGCCGGUCUCUGGGAGCGGUUGGUGUUGCUCCUCGAGUUGGUGGCGUCAAUGAAUUUCCCACCCGGCGUAUUCCCACCGGCACCUGACGCCGAGCGCCUCGAAAGGGUGGAGCAAGAAUUACAGGAUACCGAGGAUAAGGCGAUCGCGAGCGGUCUGCCUCUGAGUACUGUGUGGGUGCGCGUGGAGCGGGCACGCGCCGCGGCCCACUGGCGCGCGCCCCCCCUCGGGGAGGGCGGCGCGGCGGCGCUGGACGCCGGCGCCGACCCGCAGCGCACUCCGCUAGCGGCCGACGUGGCCGAGCUGCUCUUGCCGGCGCGAGCCGACGACGCGCCUCUCCUGCUGCUGCAGGCGUUGCGCCUCGCCAAAGUGCCGCUGUUGCCGGCGGCCGGCUACGUCUCGGCAGCGCUGGAUCCCAGCAACGACGCCAUGGGCGACAGCCGCUGGGCAGCGUGCGGCGAGGCGCUGAUGUCGCUGGUGCGCGCGGCGCGGCGCCUGCCCGCGGCGCACCCGGCGCGUGCGCACGGCGCGGCGGGGGCCCGCGCUCUGCUCGCGCACUUUGUAGACCCACCACACUACUUUACUGACGACACUGGUUACUUAAGUUGGGUGAGUUCAUUGUGGGAGGCGGGUUGUUCGUGGACGAGCGGCGCGGCUCGUGUGGCGAUACUGUGCUGGCGCCUGCGUUGGAUGCACUCUUUGCUACUGUUGCUCGAUACACAGGAGGAAGCUGAUGCGAAGGAAGCCCGUCGAAUUCGUUCGGAGGCACGCUUAGCCCUGAAGCGCUGGGCGGGCUCGUCUCCGCUGCCCUUCGCGCAGUUCGCGCGCCUGGAACAAGCCGCGGCCGGGCCGGAGCACGCUCGCCGCGCCGCGCUUCAAGCGCUGCGGGCGGCGCUGCGCGACCGAGACACUCCACCAGCGCACCGGCUCUAUAUCGCCAGGGUUGUGGGCGAAGUGUGCUCUGGCGCGGCUGGCGACUGCGCCGGCGCCUGGGCCACGGCCUGCAGCGCUCUGCACCGAGACUUGCCUGACGAUGAACAGCUCGCUACACCUCCCCCGCAGGAGUUACUCGACGCUGCACUUAGUCAGUGUGAAACGGAAUGCGAGCAAGUGGAGGCCCAGCUGGAGUCCGGGGAGGAGUGUCCGCUUCAGGCGGACGCGCGGCUGGUGUGGGCGCUGCUGCCCUCGGGGGCCGAGUGGGGCGCCGCAAGGGCUGCGCUUGCGCCGGCUCCGCGCCGAGCUCAGCUGGUGCGGCGAGUGUGUCGCGCCGCUGAGGCACCCAUGAGCAUCCCGGCGGCGCGCUACCACGAGCAGGGCGCGUGCGCGCUGGCGGCGGCCGCGGCGCGCGAGCACGGCGCCGUGCACACUGCGCGCGCGCUCGCCCCGCUCUUCGCGCACAACGCCUACCUCGCACUCGCAUGUAGUGGUACGUCGUUAUGGUGGAGCGGUGUCAGGCCCGCCAACCCGACGGGCGGCCCGGUGUUCUCCACGCACGUGUGCGCGCUGUCCCACAUAUACCCCGCGCUGCUGCGAGCGGCAGCCUCUAACUGGCAACCACAAGACGCAGCCCGAGCGGUAGCAGCGUGCGGUCGAGCGGCGAGGAGCGGCGCGGGCGGGCCGCUGCUGCACGUAGCCCGACUGGAGGCCGAGGCACGAGCACCGCGGCCUCGCCCUGCGCCUGCGCUGCUUACUGCGGUCGACGACUACCCACAUCAUAAGUGGUCGUACGUGCGCGGCGCGGCGUGGUGCGGCGCGGAGGGCGGCGCGCUGGCCGACGCGCUGCUGGAGCGCGCGCUGCGCCUGCACGCGCUGCGCGACGAGCUGGCGCCACCGCCCGCCCCGCCCACUGACACACCGCUGCAACAAUAA